AUCAAACAGAGGACUGUCUUCUGUAACGUAGAUCACCCUAUCUCUACCAUCCUGUCUAUCUUCAGCAUUAGGUCCACGUGCAACAAUGCCGAGUUUCACUGGCAGUGCCCUUCGAGGGAGCUUCUUCCUGAUGCUUGGGCUGUGGUGGUCUGUAAAAUAUACAAUAAAGUACCUUCUUCGAACGCUGAACUCAGACAGCCCACCCGGUGGCUUGAUCCAGUGCAUGGAUAUAGUAGAAGGAACAGCCAAAGCAUUCUUUGCUCUGGGAGGGAUACUGGCCGAGCAAUUUGUCCCCGAUGGACCUCAUCUCUCUCUCUACGACAAUGAGACGCAGGAAUGGGUGCAGCUGAUGAAUUGGCUCCAUGUGACGAUGUACCUAUUCUAUGGCUUUUCCGGAGUGGUGGAUGUGCUCGCGUACACCCCUCUCAAGUUGCCAGUGGGGCUGGAUAGCCUUCUAGUGUCUCUGGCACUGUUUGCAGAAGGGUUCCUCUUCUAUUUCCAUGACUACCAGGAUGCUGCACUGACUGAGCACCUCUACUCCCUCCUAAGCAUUGCAGUCUUUGGAGCGGCUCUUUGUGCCUUUUUGGAAGUGUUCCAGCGAGAUCACACCCUCCUGGAGCUCUUCAGAGCAAGCCUUUUCAUCCUCCAGGGAACCUGGUUCUGGCAGAUUGGAUUUGUUCUAUACCCACCAUGGGGAUUGGGUCACGUCUGGGAUCAAGCAGAUGUUGGAAACGAAAACUUCCUAACCAUGUGCUUCUUUUGGCAUUACGCAGUCAGUCUUCUUGUGAUGGCAGUCACUGGUUUUGCCUGUCACUGUUGCCAUAAUGAAUGCCAAGUAAACUACAGAAAUGUGGAUGUGGAAUUGGACUUUGGAUGUUGUCAUGGGAAGAAGAAAACAACAGAUCCUAUCCUUGUACUAGAGAAUAGUCCAGAAGAAAAAUGAAUAAAUGGCUUCAAUUUUUUUUUGAGAAAGAGAGAGACCAAGAUUUUAAUUGUCAUUUUACAAGAAGCACACUCCUCAUAUUGAAAAAGAGUACUCUAGUCAGUGAAGAAAAGGGAGCUCCUGUAUCCUUAAAAUGUAUUUUAUAAUAGCCCUUAAAUUGCACUACUAUAUG